AUGAAGUUCCAUGUUGCUCUCAAUCAUUUAGUACAAUUUGAGAGGCUGUUUGAGAAUCAGUUGAGAAGUCAGGCCAGGUUGAAAUCAAAGGGUCCUGAGCACCAUCAUUCGAGUAUUGCAUUGCUAUCUCUCAGAAAUAAGAAAGGCAACGUGUCAGGCACAAAGAUUUUAUCAAUCUGUUGCGCGAUGAAGAAAAUCAAAUACGGUAUAGCGGGGGUGGCGCUGAGAACAACGCCGGCACAACGCUAUAUUCGCUAUUUACACUAUAUAACUCAAUUAUCCACUCUUGCGUACAAAUUGUAUGAGCGCUCUGAAGAGGCCCUUAGUGAGGUCAGGAUUUGA